GUCUCUGGUCGCUGUUGCAUCAACUCGACGCUCACGUGGAGCGCACAGCUCGCCGUUUUAACCCUGCCGUCUCUUAAGGAGUUGGUGGCAAGGGUAUGCGCGAGAUCCAAAGAUGUCCUGAAAGGGAUGACGGACAGCGCAGCGCAGGAGUUUCAACAGGCACUUCUAGAGGAGCUUCAUGAAUUGAUUUCCUCUGGGACAGAUUUAAUGAGGAAGCGCUUUAGCCCGUCGCAUUACCCGGAAGUCCAACAGUGGCUUAAGCAGGGUUACAAGGUGCGAGAAGUGGUCGCCACGCCCCUACAGGGUGACGAGUGCACGAUCAGUUAG